UAGUGUAUUAGGUUUCGUAGUAUGCCGGCACUGUAACAGCCACGACUAGAGAAGGCUUCUUGGCGGUGAGAGAUGUCGCGUAGUACACCAAGGCGGUGAUUGCGGGUGCGACCCAAGCGCACCGGUGGAUGACAAGCGCAAGAGCGGCCCACUUCGUCAAUAACCCCGAGUCGCAGGACGUUGCCCGGAGGUCUGCAAUGAUGUUGACUAGAUUUUUCCAGCGCUGAUCUUUGUAUCCGGGGCCAAUGCGAAACUUGUUGUUGUCGUUGUCUGCGGCGCGUCGGCGUCGGACAACAAGUUCGCGGCGGCCGGCCACCGACGAAGCCCGUUCGGGCAGGAGCGCGAUUUUGAGCGCCCGAGAAGCAUCUCCUCAUCGAAGUGGAUAUCGGGGGCGGGAUCGAUGUCCGCCCUGUCACUAUACGCCGCCGCCGGGCUCGAUGGAUUCGCGCACGCUUCGACAUACGUUCAGUUUCCUUCCGAAUUGUGUGAAGAGUCGUGUCGUAGCGUGCCGUGUCCCGAGCAAGAGCUCGAUCGCGGGCGGCGCGUCAAGUGGCCUGUUUUUCUCCCCCAGACCUCGGUGUCUCAGAGUCAACGCCCGUAGUCUGCGCGUCGGCUCGGUUAUUCGUCAUUCGGUCGGCGGCAGCAAUCUUCGUAUCUCGUCUGUUCCUAGUCGUCCAUGGGUCUCGGUCGUUGCGCGUCGCUCGCGCGACCGUCGACAUGCGACUCCACUCGUGACUCUUGUCUUCGUCGGCCAGGUACUCUUCGCCAACCUGAAACAAUCCUAUGGCGUCUCGGCGACACUCCACCAACGCCCAGAACUUUCACCCAGCACAGCAGGUGCCGGCAGCGUAACGCGGAGCGGCGCAUCAGACGAAGACUCGUGGUGGACCCGUCAGAUCCUUCGCAAGGCCACCACCCCAGGAGCACCGUCGCGGCAGAAGCAGCAUACAAGGUUGUUAUGUUUCAGCUGAUCGGUUGCCUCCACGAAG